GUCCGACUCUCAUUGUGCGCAAUCGACGAACGUUGGUGAACCGGUGACCUGUGGACACACCUACAUUAAAUCUUCGCCGUUACCCUCCGUUUUCUCCACUCCUCUCGACUGAAACCGAUCCCUGAUGAACGUCUCAGUGCAGGAGGUGGAGAGUACGGCGUUCGUUCGCGAUGAGGAGUUGUGGUUCCCGGAUGGCAAUGUCGUGCUCGAGGCGCAGGGUCGUGCCUUCAGAGUGUACCAAGGCUUGCUGGCUCACCACUCAGAGAUAUUCCGCGAUCUCUUCACCGUACCGCAACCGACGACCACGGAAAUGUACGAAGAAUGCCCAAUCGUACACCUCACGGACCAGCCCGAGGACCUUCGCCAGCUAUUACGGGUCAUAUAUCACGGGAACAGAUACUACCCCGCUGACGAGCAACUCGAGUUUGCAAUCGUCGCCGCGCUCGUUCGAAUGUCACACAAAUAUGCGAUCGAGCAUAUUCGCGACUCCUAUCUCUCACGCAUGAAGUCGUGCUUCUGCGAAGAUCUCGACGAUUUCCGGAAAUUUCGUUCUCAAAGCGGCAGCCCCUCCAUGAAGUUAUGCGUUACGGCUACCGACGCCAUCGCCGCUGUGAACAUUGCACGCCUCACGGAAACACUUUCCAUGCUUCCGAGCGCGCUCUUCUUCUGUUGCCUGCUCAAAACAGAAACCCUGAUUAAUGGCCAUCCUCGUGCCGAUGGCACUCUGGAUUGUCUCAGCCCCGCCGACGUCAUCAAGUGCAUUGAUGCACGUCUAUGCUGAUAUCAGAAGGCCAAUUCGACCCAUUCCGCGAUAUUCGAUCCCACCACGUCGCCCCCACUGUGCUUGCAACCCACUCAGUGUCGCAAAUCAAUAGACACCGUGCAUACUUGGCUGCUGGAUGUGUUGCAUCCGACGCAGGCACUCGCGAAUCUGCUUACUGAGAAGCACCUAUUAAUGAAUGACGCCCCGAGGUCAGUAUGUGAACCAUGUGUAGAUUCGGU